AUUCCUUGGAUUUAUGUUGCAUUGUUAUUUUAAACAGGUCUAAAAGAGAUUUAUCCGUAAAUAUGCGUCGUCUUAACAGGAUAAUAGAACUUAACCUGACAUGUUCAGUCGUAGCAUGUAGAUUUUGUGCCUUUUAUACAAUCAAACACUAACAGAAUUGUGAAGCUGCAAUUUUGUAAAUGUGUUUACAUGGCACCAUGCACACGAGGCAAAUUCGGUUUAAGAAUUGGUUCUAUCAAAUUCACAGUAAGAGUACACUGAAGGGCAAUAAAAUAAUUUAAAAAUAUAUUUAAAAAAAAACAACCUUUAUAAUACUCGUUAUUGCGUUGUAAUUACAGGAAUAUUAAAAUAAUGCAGUGGACUAAAUAUUAUAUGAAAUAUUUCGAUUAUAUUUUUAUAAAUCUUUUGAGAAAGAAUGACUGGAGAUGUAUGUAUGACGACGUUUUUAAUAUUGGGAAACGUUGUUUAGUUUAUAAUUGCGGACAAUACGUUUUCUAAAAAAAAAAAGGAAGAAAGUCAACUUAAGUAUUUGAAAACGAUAACACAAUCCAUAAAUUCCAUAAUGUAAAAACACAUUGUUGGUUGACGAAGAAUGUUGCACGAUUUCAACAAUAAAAAAAAGAGAGAAAUGAAAUUAGACCACUGGACAUCAUCUCUAUAUUUCCGCAAGAAUCUUUAAUAUUCAGAAAAUGGUUUGUAUUUCACAACAGUCAGAUUUGGAAUUUCUGACCAUGCAGGCGGGCCGUGAACGCACCAGCAGCGGCGACAGCAGCUCCAUGGACAGCUAGCAGCUGCGGAGCAUCACCGGGAGACACCAGCCUCCGAUCGCUGGAGAUCGAUGCCAGAUAGAAGGUCACGCAACAUCUGUCCGUGGACUCAGUUCACUGACCCUCUGGAUCCACCACACGAACAUCGUCAGCGUCGCAUAACCUCCACUCACCUACAUCAGCCACAGGAAACUCCAGAAGAAGCAUCACCAGGGAAGAUGGACUCCCAGCGGGGCGGCAGAUGCAGUCCGCUCUUCCUCACAGCAUCCUCAUCCUCUCACCCUCAUCACCAUCAUCCCUGUUUCCUGGCCAACGGCAUAAGCAACGGCGCCGCCGACAUCGGGGCGACGUGUCUCCCAGCGACGUGUCUCCCGGCGCAGCCCACCGUCGCCAUCCUGGGCUCGGGUGACUUCUCCAAGUGCCUGACCUUUCGCCUCCUGCGCGGGGGCUUCCACGUGGUAGUGGGCAGUCGCCACCCCAAAAGAGCCGCCCAGUCCUUCCCUCAUGUGGUGGACGUGACCCAUCACGAGGACGCGGUGGGGAAGGCCGACGUUGUGUUUUUAGCCAUCCGCCGGGAGCACUACUCCAUCUUGUGGGACCUCAAGCACUUAAUGGAGGGGAAGAUCCUGGUGGACGUGAGCAACAACAGGCGGGUGAACCAGUACCCAGAGUCCAACGCUGAGUACCUGGCGUCUCUGCUGCCGGACUCCAUCGUGGUGAAAGGCUUUAAUGUCAUCCCAGCCUGGACCAUGCAGCAGACCAGCCCUCAAGACGCCAGCACACAGGUGUUCAUCUGCAGCGACUCGGUGCUGGCUCGCCAGCAGAUCAUGGAACUAGCCCGGCAGCUCACCUUCCAGCCGGUGGACAUGGGCCCCUUGUCGUCCUCUCGGGACAUAGAAAACAUGCCCAUACAGUUAUUCCCAGGCUGGAAGGGUCCGGUCCUCACAGCUGUGGCCCUCUCCAUCUUCUUCUUCGCCUACUCCUUCAUCCGGGACAUCAUUCAUCCGUACGUCAAGUACAAGCAGAGUGACUUUUACAAGAUCCCGAUCGAGAUGGUGAAUCGGACUCUGCCCACUGUCGCCAUCACUCUGCUGGCCCUGGUGUACCUGGCCGGGCAGCUGGCGUCGGUCCACCAGCUCUACUACGGGACCAAGUACAGACGCUUCCCCCACUGGCUGGAGGGCUGGCUGCAGAGCCGCAAACAGCUGGGCCUGCUCAGCUUCUUCCUGGCCGCCGUCCACGUCCUGUACAGCCUGUGUCUGCCCAUGAGGAGGUCUGAGAGGUAUCUGCUGCUCAACACCGCCUACCAGCAGGUUCAUGCUCACGUGGAGAAUGUGUGGAACGAGGAGGAGGUGUGGAGGGUGGAGAUGUAUGUCUCUUUCGGGGUCAUGAGUCUGGGCCUCCUCUCUCUCCUGGCUGUCACCUCUAUCCCUUCAGUCCAAAGAACUCUGAACUGGAGGGAGUUCAGUUUCAUCCAGUCCACUCUGGGCUACAUCGCGCUGCUCAUCGCCACGCUCCACGGCUUGCUGUUUGGCUGGAAGCAAGCGUUCGAGGAGGAGGCCUAUCGCUUCUACCUGCCCCCCAAUUUCGUGGUGGCCCUGUUUCUUCCGUCCUGUGUCAUCCUGGGGAAGGUGUUGACGCUGCUUCCCUGUGUGGCCAGCAAGCUGCACCGGAUCCGCCGAGGCCUGGACAGCCGUCAGUGCCGACGCAAGGAGCAAGCCAGCUCCGGGUUCCACGUCUCUCCGGAGAGAGUCACCAUCAUGUGACCUGUGCUUGUUGGGUGUUGUGUCUCUUUGUUUGUGUCCAUCAUCAGAAUAUAAAGUGUUUUUAACACUCACACUUGACAGCACCAGCUCAUCUGAUGGGCUAAAGAAGGGAAGAGCUGCACCUGUCAGCAUCUCAAAGGUUCUCACAAGCUGCUUAGCAGGCAGGUGUAAUAACACCCAGUGUAGGGAGGAUUGGAAUUAUCGCUCAGAAAUACUGGCGUGGAUAAAAGAGAAGGGGCCCCGGGACAGAGCCGUGGGGGACUCCACUUACUUCAUGCUUACUUACUCACUUACUUUUCGGGGGAAUGUGGUUACUGACUGAAAGCUGCUAAGAGGUCAUUGACAACAAUGGUCUCUUCAAUUUAAUCGCAUCACCGACUCCUCACUUUGUUCCUUCACCUCUAAUUUAACAGUUAAACUGGACCUUAAACAGGACCUUAAACAGUGCAAAAUGAACAGUAUUUUACACCUUUGUCUCUUCAUGUGACCAAGGAGACUCUAACUUAAGCUAACACGCCAAACCUUUAUGGAGAAGGGGAUUUUUUAUUAUUAAAGCUUCAUUAAUGUGGUCACUGUUCAUUAAUAAGGAGUGGAUUGUUAAUAUGUCUGUACACUAAAUUAAAGUCGUACUGUUGCUAAGGUGUUUUCUCGUGGUCAUGAUGUCAUGUUAGUGUUGGCUGGUAGAAUGUUGGGAGGCAAGUGGUGGAAAAAGGACCCACUAAAAUCGUUCAUUUUAUAUGUAAAAAAAUCUACAAAGGGGGAGCUGCUCGAUAAACAAAGUGCUUAUGUUUUAUUUUGUUGAUAAAGUUCAGUUUCCACACUAGUUCAGGCAGGUCUGGCUCGGCAUUUCGGAGGGCAGGUGCUCAAGCCAGAAAAGAAGGGCACCUGCUGAGAAAGUUAUUCAUAUAAUCCUUCUACUUCUUUAUCUGCUUUUGUUAUUAUUUUAAUAUUUCUAGUUGUUGGAUCGGUUUGUUUGAAUUUACAAACGUUCUAUUCAUUUCUAUAACUGUGGGUCACUUGACCAGGUGAAUCAUUUGACUUCAUAAAUCACAAUAUAUUACUAAAUCACUGAAAUAAAUCAAUUUCCAUGUUUGUGGUUAUGAAGUGUCCAUGUGCACACUUGUCUGUGGGAGAGACUCAAUGUAGAGCUGCUGCUCCUCCAGCCAGCUGAGGCUCAUUCAGAAGGUAUCUCUUCUUGACACCUCCCUUGUGAGGUGGAAGCCCCAAAACUAGGGCACAGCCAAGUUUCUGGGUCGUCAGUAGACUCAGAGGAAAGUCUGAUCUUUCCUUCCUGGUGAGACACACUGGGCAACCUGUGGAGACCCUGGGACACACCCAGGAUCCACUGGAGCGAUUGUGUUUGGUUGACUCUGGGGCACCUCAGUUUUCAUCCCACACGAGUUGUACUGUAACUGGGGUCACCGUAGAACCAAGAAGUCCACCAAGAAGUCAGGUGGUCAUAAUGAGUGACAGUUUUCCAAGACAACUGAUACUAUCAUAGAACAAGUGCAAAUCAUUUUAAUGAACAAUCCUCAGUAAAAUCUGAGGCGACAAAUACAAACACCAAAUAAAAAAAAACAACAGCCGAACAUUUGCUUGUGCUUUCAAUAAAAGUUUUUUUUUUAAUCCAGGAUGAAAUAAAAGCAGAAGCGCUUUGAGCAGCGCCCUCUGCUGGUCAGCUCAGGGGCACCGGUUUCCCUGGUGGUCUUCACACCUGCCGCAGGACAGCCAGAAC